AUGAAGGCGAACGGCUGGAAUAAAAAUCAGGCCAUGACUGCUCUCACACUAGGCCUGAGUGACCAGGCCUUAACAGUUCUGGAAGCUCUCGGUGAGGAAGUGACUUAUGAGCAAAUCCUUGAGGCAUUGGAGGCGAGAUAUGGCGAGGCUCACCUGGAACACGUCUUUCGUGCGCAGCUUAAAGAUCGUGUGCAGCGCAUCAACGAAAACCUGUAG